ACAAUGGCCUCGUUAAACCCAAUUAGUCGACAAGGACGCAUUAUGUUUCUUGGCUCUCGCGCCACAAAGUACGCACUCGCCGGCGAACCUACAGCUGCGCGAGCUCUCUCCUCCACUCGGCAGCUCACAACAUUAUGCCUCUCAAGCAGGCCCGGCGGAUACGCCAAACCCUCGCUGCGAACAAACCCUAAGCACAUUCAAGCUGACCGGGUCGAAUACGUCCCGGCGUUGUCUGUCCGCUGGAACAGUACCAAGAGCAACACAGAGGAUAGCUCGUCACCCACGUUCCGGAAGUGGGGGUUUGAUGAUAUCAAUGCGUACCUUCCUUCCGAAUCUCCAUCGACGCCCCCGUCCAACCCGCAAAAGAAUCUCAUUCUCGUCGACGUCCGCGAACCCGCCGAACUCACCAGAACCGGAAUCAUCCCUUCCGCAGUUGCGGUGCCCCUAGCAUCGCAGCCGGACGCGCUGUUUUUGACACCAGACGAAUUCGAGACAAGGUUUGGGUAUCCGAAGCCCGGCGCCGACGGCGGGAAGGGAGAUAUUGUCUUCUACUGCCUAGCGGGUGUGAGAGCGAAAACUGCGGCACAACUGGCUGUUCAGGCCGGGUAUGAGCCUGAACGAAUUGGGGUUUAUGAGGGUAGUUGGAGGGAUUGGGCGGCGAGGGGUGGGAAGGUAGAGAAGUGGGAGGGGUAUGAAGAGUAAAUGAAUGAUUUGCUCCUUCAAACCGAUGGCAAAGUUGAGUUUUGCGUAUGGGAAGGCGUGUACAUACAAGUGCUAGAGGCGGAUUGGACAGCGAGGAAGAUUAUCCAAACUAUUUUUGUAAAAUUGAGUCGGAAAGCUAGCUAGGUAUCAACUACAGUAUUUUUAUAAUCCUAGUCAUCUACAUCAAUCCACAUCCUGACAAAUCAAAUCAUAACUUCCUGUUAUUUAUCUUCAUCCAUUGAUCCGUCAGACGUUCAUGACAUUUUCUAACGUAGAGUGUCGAGCAUCAAGGUCAUUGAAGGUCCAAAUAACACUCGGAGCACCUCCGCCCGGAGCGUCUGAGGAAUAGGCACUGCCUCAUUUGAGCUCAAACUGCGCGAGACAAUCAAGGGAUAUCGAAAACAGGCUUGAGCUUCUUGAUAAGAGCCCAUUCAUCCAUGGAGACAUCCGACCGGUAGAACUCCUUGAGGGUGUCGAUGCUUGCACGAGAAAUCUGGGAGUA